GGCUGAGUGAGAAACCCAGAAAAUUCCGUCAAAAUCAGAGGAAAAUAAUUGAGAGUCGCACUCUUUUUGAACUCUACAAUUUAAUUGAUUUGUGACGAUACAUUAUAUAUAUUUUAUUUAUUUAUUUAUUUUUCCUCUGUAUCCACUCUCUCUCCUCCCCCUCUCUCACAAAAGUGCUGUGGUCUGGAUCAUUUCCCAAAAUCAAAUCUACGAUACCGGAAAGCCUCUGAGGGUUUGUGAAACGCGAUCAAUAAAUGGCGUUGUUGGCGUUGUUGGCUUCUUUGGCCGGAGGGCUUGCUGCAGUUGGUAAACUUUUAGGUGCUAUCUAUCCCAAGAUGAAGAGUAGGAUCAGAUUCCGAUCCAACCUCGAAAAACUCAACAAGGAAAUGGGAAAACUAACAAAUCUUGGAAACGCCGUGAAAGAACAGAUCGAGGAAGCUGAGAAGAGAAGAGGCCAGGUAGCUGCUGCACCAGCAGUGACGAUGUGGCUUGAAGAGCUUGAAGCCAUCAACAAGGAAGUGAAUUCAAUAGAAGCACAGGUACAACAAGGUAACCUUUGUCCAACAACUCCAAGUUGCUGCUGCCUUGGCUGUACACUAGGUGAAAAAGUAUCCAAGAGCCUCACCGAGGUUAGAAGACUCAUUGAAGCCGUCAAGUUUUUUUCUAAUAGCAUGGUGGUUGAAAAUUGCCAAUUGAAAAUAGUUGAGCACAUCCCGGGGCCUUCAAUCAUUGGCCAAUCGACAGCUUCCAAAAAUCUAAUGAAGGUUAUGAAUUUGUUGAAUGAUGAUGAUGAUGGUGCAAGUAAGAUCGGCGUUUGGGGUAUGGGUGGAGUUGGCAAGACUACUCUGGUCAAGAACUUGAACAACAAGCUUCAGACUACUGCUGCUGCUGCUUCUUCUUCUUCUAUCGCUGCUCAACCUUUCAGCAUCAUUUUAUGGGUCACUGUUUCCAAGGAAUUCAACUUGGAAAGGGUCCAAACACAACUUCUGAACCGACUGAAUUUGGAGAUAAAAGCAGGGGAAAGCAGGGAGAGUACAGCAAGCCGACUUCAUGAACGACUUCAAAGGGAGAAAAGAUUCCUCCUCAUUCUUGAUGAUGUCUGGGAGGCAAUUGAUUUGGAUUAUCUAGGUGUCCCACAGGCACAACCAGAAUUUCGAAUGGGAAACAAGGUAAUACUGACCUCUCGAUCUUUGGAUGUAUGUCGGCAGAUGAAGACGGAUAUAGAUGUUAAAGUGGAUGUUCUAAACGAGGGAGAAUCUUGGCAACUGUUUACUCAAAAUGCCGGGAAGGUAGCCACUCUACCACAUAUUGAACCGAUUGCAAAGAAAGUUAGCAAAGAAUGUAGUGGAUUGCCCCUAGCCAUCAUCAUUGUUGGGGUUUCCAUGAGGGGGAAGACAACGGAGGCAUUGUGGAACGAUGCCUUAAAUGCUUUGGAAAUGUCUGUGCCUAGCAUCAAAGGAAUUGAGGAUAAGGUGUACAAUCCUCUCAAAUGGAGUUACGAUUCAUUGUUUUUCCGAGGUAUGGAUAUCAAAUCUUGUUUUUUAUAUUGCUCCUUAUAUCCAGAGGACUUUUCAAUUAAAGUAAGGGAACUUGUGCAAUGCUGGAUUGCGGAAGGUUUAGUGGUAGUACGAAAAAGCUAUGAGGAUUCAAUGUAUAGGGGAAUAGCUUUGGUUGAAAAUCUCAAGGACUCUUGCUUGCUAGAAGAUGGUAUCUUCAACCACACUGUGAAGAUGCAUGACGUAGUUCGUGAUGUUGCCAUAUGGAUUGCAACCUCCUCGAAGAUUGAUGGAUGUAAAUCCUUUGUUCAGUCAGGAAUCGGUUUGAAUCAAAUUUCAGAAGCUGAAUUGUCAGAAUCUGUCAAUAGAGUUUCUUUCAUGGAGAACAAAAUAACAAGGUUGCCUGAUUGCGCAAUACGAUGCCCAAAGGUAUCAAGUCUACUUCUACAAGGUAAUCUUCCUCUUGAGAUAGUUCCAGAAGCAUUCCUGCUUGGAUUUCCAGCACUUAGAGUCUUGAAUCUGAGUGAAACUCAUAUCCAUACACUACCUCUUUCAGUUAUCCAACUGCAUAAACUCGAGGCUCUUCUGCUACAAGGGUGUCAAAACCUCAAAGAAUUACCCCCACUUGGAACACUUCAUAGGUUACAAGUUCUCGAUUGCUCUUCCACUAAUCUUGAGGCAUUGCCAGAAGGAAUGGAAAAUUUAACCGAUCUAAGGCUGUUAGAUCUGUCAGAAACUCACCACUUGAGACAUAUUCCAAAUGGAAUUAUAUCCCAGCUGUCCUGUUUAGAAACUAUAGACAUGACAAAUAGUUGCUACAUGUGGGGUGGGAAGAGACCGAAGGAAGAAUUGGAAACAGCACCCAUUGAUGAGCUAGGAUGCCUCAACCAAUUGAUUUCUCUAUACAUUAACCUGAACAGCUCGUAUCUCGCCUUUGAAGAUCUUUCUUGGAUAAAAAGAUUAAAAAGAUUCCAUUUUGUCAUUGGUCAUGCUGAUGAAAAACUUCUAGUACAACAAAAAUAUGAGGAAAAGAGGGUUACUCUUUGUCGGGUUGAUUUCUUUGGGGAAUGUUAUUGGGUUACGCAACUGUUGGAAAAUGCAAGUAAUCUGACUUUGGAUUAUUGUCAAAAUCUAGAAGAGAUACCUGCAGGCUUGGCGAACAAAUGCUACUGUUUUAUUGGUUUGAAAUCACUAACUAUCACAGAUUACCAUGGUGAUAUUCUACCAGCAAGAGAAAGCUGUGAUGACCAAUUUGACCUCUUACCUAAUCUUCAGGAACUUGUUCUCAAUGAAGUGUCUUCUCUAAGGUCCAUUUCAGAACUAGCUCACCUUCUCGAACUCCGACUUUCUAAACUAAGAAAAAUAAGUUUGUCCUAUUGUAGCAGUUUAGAAUAUCUUGUCUCUUCUAGUGGGACUUUGAAAAAUCUAGAAGAAGUCACCGUUAGCUAUUGUAGGAAGUUUGCAGAGCUCUUUGAGAAUGCUAGUUCAAGCGAGUCUUUUGAGGACCUUCCUGAGCAUGCUACUUCAAGCCAGACAUUAGUUCCGAGUUGCAUUGUUCCAAACCUACGGAUAAUGAAAUUGAAAAAUCUUCCCGAAUUAACCACCCUAUGCGGACAGCACCAGUCAUGGCAGCAUCUAGAGAUACUUGAAGUGAUCAAUUGCAAUCAAAUCAAAAAGUUGCCAUUCACUACCCAAAAUGCAAAUGCCAUAGAAGAAAUAAGAGGUGACUUGCAAUGGUGGAACGAUUUGGAGUGGGACGAAGAAGAUACAAAAUCAAGUCUGCAGCAGUAUUUCAAUCCUUGUUGGUGCUGAAGGUAUAUGCUUUCGAGACUGCUCAAGGAAUUCACAUGUCUGUCGCUCUGCUGAGUAGCAAAGCAAGUCAAGAAGAAUAAAGAAAAUGGAGCUCUGUAUUUGUGUACUCAAGAGCCACGCUUUUGAAGCUCAAUGCAGGUUGGACUUUCUCCAACUAGCUCGGAAAGUGUUGUUUUGGGCGAGUGAGCGAAGCAUUUUCAGAAAAAUAUUGAGAGGUAAUUCCAUUUUAGUUUUGUGCAAGUUCUUGUAACACCUCUUGAGUUUUAGGCAAAUAGUUGGUGUGAAUGUUGCACUUGCCCUUGUGUGGAUUUUCCCUUGAUUGAAGGAUGUGUAUGCCCAUUACUUGGGUGCUCUUGUGUUGUGUGAUUGUUCAGUUGUUUGAUUACUUCAUCUCUUAACUCUAGUUUCUUAAUGAUAAUGUUACUGCUUUUGUUCUUUGGCAUUGUGACUUUGUGCUUGGGGUUCCUUCGGAGUUUUGAGUUCCUAAAUCCUAAUACCCGCUGAACUUUAUUCUGUUUCACCAUUACUUAAGCAACAACGGGGUUGAAGAAGGAGCUAGCUACUUUGAACCAUCCUGAGGUCUUCAGUAUAAAGCCUAUGAA